AUGUUCAAUGUCAGCCCUCAACAAUUGGGGAAAUGCAAGUUCCCAGACCACGACUCCAAAACCAAUAAGUCAGACGCCGGUGUCAAAAAGGGCAGUCGAGGCAGUCAUCAACACUUGCCGACCCACUUGACCUUCACGCUCGCAUAG